GAACGGAUCCAUCUCUGACCGCUGUUCGCCGUGCUGUAUCGCCAGCAGUGUCCAUGGAUACCAGCAAACCCAUUCAACCGUCUGGCAGCGCCACGGCAGCGCCGAGUCUGACGGCAGCGGCCAAGAAGCAAGGGGGCGUCCAGCACUCGUCGACGAUGGUGCUGAGUGCCAGAGCAUGCACGCCAGACACGUCCCCAUGUGAUAGUGCCAGCGAGGGGUCGGGGUCGAGGGAGGAACCGGUGCAGCGGGUGCACGCUGGCCCGGAUGCAUCCGUUGGGGGAAGCAACUUCAAGUGUAAGAUGUGGAUGGAUGGAUGGAAAGAAAGAUCACGAUGCUUAAUGAGUCGUGUGUUUGUCCAUAUGGAUGUGUCUCGUCCAUCCAUGCUGGCAGUGGGCAGUGUCCUGGCAGACAUCGCCGACCACAGCUGCGAAUUCGUCAGUGUAGAUAUGGGUCAGUCAGAACAGAAACAGACGGACAUGCACAAGCACAUGAAAGCAAACCACUGACUGAGAUUUGUUCAUCUGUCGGUCUGCAUGUGUGUUUGCUGUGUGUGUGUGCAGAGUUCAGCGGCCUGUUCGCCAACAUCGACCCCAACAGAGCGAAUCUGCACGUGAGCGGCGGGGAGACACGUACACCCAUGCACACAACACAGCUGCAGGCACACUGGUGCUGUGCUGCAUGUGUGCCUUCCUGGACGAGGGCGUGUGGUGUGAUGUGGGCAGGUGUUCUACGAAGACUGUGCGUGGAGUGUGCCGCAGUUCCUCGUGGGUACGUUUAAGAGGCAGCUUGGCUUGUUGCAUCUACCUACCGCAACCUGUAUGUAGACAGAUCGUUUCCCUUGGUGUGUGUGUGCAGUGCAACUCGGGGUGUGCUGCGCGAUGAGGGACCCGGCUGCACCAGACAGGUGGAUGCUGUCGACGCACACCUUCUACGCAUACCCAGCGAUGGUCAGUGAGCAAACAAACAGUCAGUGCAUCUUUCCAUUGACUGAUCUGUGCGUGUGUGUCCUGGACAUAUGUGUGUAGCGGACGGUGAGCGGGUUCGACACGCAGUCGUUCCGCUUUCUGCGUUCUGCUGGCUUCGACUUGAAUAGAUGGGUGGAUGAGAGGUGAGUCCAAGACACACAUGAAUGCAUGCCAUGCAGCCGAGACUCCGUGUGCGUACUGUAUGCGUGUGUGGCCGCCAUGCCGCCAUGUGUGUUGUGUCUGCUUGCAGCGUUGAGUACCUGCGGCUGGCCGACAUCGAGGCGGCUGCUCCCUGCCGGGACACCAAGGUCAGUCAGCAUGGAUGCGAUGCAGACACGCAACACAUGCACUCGUUCAUAUAUAUUUUGAUGUCAUUCUCACACGACGUGAAUGAUCGUUUCUGUGUGUCGUGUCCAGGAGCUCAUCGAAGAGGGCGGCCUGCAGUGUGUUGUCAAGGGGAUAAUGGGCUCGGCCAAGCCACUGGUGGUGCACAAUGGGCUGCUCGACCUGCUGCAUUUGUACGACAAGUUCAUCGGGUACUGACUGACUGCAAGAGACAGGGGACGGAAGGAGCAGAGGCACACUUUCUUUCUCUAAUGGCGUGCGAUGCGAUGCGAUGCGUCCAGUGAGCUGCCUUAUCCUCUGGUGGCGUUUUGCUCCGAGUGGAUGAGCCUGUUCCCCCGGGGCACCUUCGACACCAAACUCAUCGCUGCCGAUCUGCUGCAGCUCAGUAGCUCAUCCAGGUAGGUACUCUGGUGCCUAACACAGCACACCAUUCCUGUGUAUGGUGUGCUGUAUAUAUGUUAUGCAUGUGCAGCAGUGCCACUGCUCUGGCCAUCCUCAGAUCGCAGCUGCUCAAGUACAAAGACAGACGGACAGACAGACAGACAGACAGAGAUACCACUGGCGGACACAAGUGCAUGUGCUGUCUCUGUCUGUCUGUCUGUCUCCUUUUGCGUCAUUAAGGGCACCCCAUCUCAGCAGCUUCGCCAUCUACCCGUCUGCAACUGCAUCCGAGGUCCGAAUGACCUCAAGCACAAGACAUCCUUGCAGGCCUGGCUGGCACACUAGGCUCACCUGCCUAGUUGUGUCAGGCCGCCAAGGCACACGACGCCGGCUAUGACGCACUGAUGACAGCGCAGGUGUUCGUCCUCGAGCUGGAGCAUCUCUUCCACUCGACUAGCCCGGGGCAGCAGCAAGGCACUGCACUCAAGAGGAGGCGUCUCGACCGCCCUGCCAUGUACUCACCGAAGGGGAGGGUGCACUGCACGUGUGUCGGUCGAGUCGGCGUGCAUUCAUGUGUGUGUGUUUGUGUCCCUAUCUGCCUGUGCUGUGGGUGCAGACCGAUGGAGUGGCUGGCACGGUGCGAGAGCCAGUACUUCGCCAACGUCAUCUCAUGUGAGUCGAGUCCGCACACACACCACACCACACCCUAAUGGAAGAUAGCAUGACAUGACGUCUCUCUGGUUGUGUGUGGUGGGUUGGUAAAUGGAUGAAUGCACGCA